UGGUAGCUGAGACACGCAUCCCUGGAUUCUUUUCUGCUACAGAACAACUACCUUGGUACAACCAAAAAGACCAGUGUUUACUUUUCAUUGAAAGGAUUCCUUUACACUAUUAUAAAUUAUUGAGGACUCCAGAGUGCAUUUGUUUAUGUGAAUGGAGCCCACUCGGGAUACCAGCAGAUGAAGAAUUUAAGGAGGGUUAUCUUUCCUUAUUAUUCUUAGUAACUGAUAGUCUACUUUGGGAAUCACCAGAUACCAUGGGGAAGCGAGAUAAUCGAGUAGCCUAUAUGAAUCCUAUAGCAAUGGCAAGAUGGAGAGGCCCAACUCAAUCUGCAGGUCCAACAAUACAAGAUUAUCUGAAUCGACCAAGGCCCACUUGGGAAGAAGUAAAGAAACAAUUAGAAAAUAAAAAGAAAGGCUCCAAGGCAUUAGCUGCUUUUGAAGAGAAAAUGAAUGAGAAUUGGAAGAAAGAGCUAGAAAAAAGCAGAGAGAAAUUAUUAAGUGGCAAUGAGAGCUCAUCCAAAAAAAAAGAAAGAAAGAAAAAGAAAAAGAAGAAAUCUUGUCGAUCUUCAUCUUCUUCAUCAAGCUUUGAUUCUUCAAGCAGUUCUUCAGAUGCUGUGGAUGAGGAAAAGAAACAAGGAAAAAAGAGAAAGAAAAAGAAGAACCGGGCAUGCAAAUCAUCAGAAAGUUCCGCAUAUGAAACUGAAAUAGAGAGCAAGGAAUCUGUAAAAAAGAAAAAGAAAUCCAAGGAUGAAACAGAAAAAGAGAAGUAUAUCAGAAGUCUCAGCAAAAAAAGAAAGAAGAGCUAUCCUGAGGAAAAACCUUUAUCAUCUGAGCUCUCGUCAGAAUCAGACUAUGAAGAGGAGGUGCAAGCAAAAAAGAAGAGAAGAUGUGAAGAGCGAGAAAAAGCAACAGAAAAAGCAAAGAAAAAGAAGAGGAAACAACACAAGAAGCAUAGUAAAAAGAAGAAAAAGAAGUCAGGUUCAAGUCAUAAGUCAGGAUAAUGAAUGUCAAAAAACAAACAAACAAAAAAAAAACAAAAAUGAUUUCCUUCUUUAAAAAAGCAAGAUCUUAAAGGAAACUUCAAUUCUGAAUGUUAGGGCAUAUUUACCAAAAUGUGUAAGUUUCCCUGUUAGUAGAAUCAUUCCUGAACUUUGAGUUGCCAGUCAAAUGCUACUGUGCCAGAUGGGGACAUAAUUGUCCCCUGUAGCUUACAUAUAGAAUUUUGGUUCUGUGUUUUUCCUUCCAGUGGUUAAUUCCCCUGAGAGCUAAAACCCUAUUCUCAUACUAAUGGUUAAAAUUCUUGGAGUUAAAAUGUUUUAGAGAGUAAAAUAAAUUUGAUGGAAAUAAUGCAUUGAAUGUCAACAGUAAUGAAUUUGGAUAUAUCUUUAAA